CUGACCUGUGUCAUCUCUGACGAAGGCAACCCCGGGCCCACUCAGCACCCACCAGGAUGUUUACAGGAGGUGAGGAGGCCGGGAGGCAGCCUCACAGGGCUUCUGGGGAGGGGGCUCUGGACUCCUGGUCAGCUGCCCUCAGACCUCGGCCCUGCCUCCUGCACCCUCAGACUGAGUCAGGACCCCCCGGGGCCACCUCUGUCAGACCUGAGUCAGGACCCCUGGCCCCUCCUCCUCAGACCCAGGGGUCCAGGCCCCCAUCCCCUCCCCACUCAGACCUGGGGGUCCAGGACCCCAUGCCUCCUCCUCAGACCCGGGGUCCAGACCCCAGCUCGUCCCUUACACCCAGGGAUCCAGACCCCCAGCCCCUCUUCCCUCAGGAACACAGAGGUCCAGAACCCCAGCCCCUCCCCAUUCAGACUCCAGAUCUGGACACGAGGACAGACCACUCCAGGGGCGAUGAGCCCCAUCCUCCCUGGCUGGAAGCUGAGUGCAGGUUCGGGGGAGAACUCAGGAUCAGUUCCCAACCCAGUCCCCAGGUUGGCCUCCUCCCCCACCACUGGGGAACCGGACCAGAAGCCUGGGGACCCCAGUUGGGUGUGUUUCCCCGUUUUCGGAUGGAGAAACUGAGACACGCUAGACGGGGCUCCUUUCCUAUGACCCCCUGCCCCACCAACCAGGCCUCAGAGCUCUUGGAUCCUGGGGGGCCCAGCCCUCUGGUUGGUUACACAUUCCCCAUUGGGGGCCUGGGUGCUCUUGGGACCAGGGGGCGCCUGAGCAGGAGCUGUGUGGCCUGACCCCCAUUUUCCUCAUCACCCUCCUAGGUCUGGUUGCUCGGGAGCCUCCCUAACAAUGGGGCUCAGUGAGGUCCUCUGGGCCUCAGGCCCCCCACCCCUGGUUGCUAGGGAGGGCGUCCUGGUCUGAGGAGCCUUUGGGCCCCGUGGACCUUCCCCUCAGGCAUCAGUUUACUAAGCAGAGGGAGGCCUUGGCAAGAGGUCUCGGGGUGCCCACUCUUGGGGUCCCCUGGUUGGCAAAGGGGAGAUGAUUUAGACUCCCCCUUGCUUUGCAGCCGGGUUGCUGAGGGGACUCUUCUAACACCAGGGACCCAUCCCACCCUCAAGGCCCCUUCCACCUGGUUGCUAGAGAAGCAACUCCCUAGCAACCAGGAGUGACCAGGCCAGUGUGACCCCCCUUUUUUGCUUCCCCACUGCUGAGGGGGGCUCCCUAGCAACAGAACUUAGAACUUCAGGGGUCAGGCAGGGAGGUGGGCGGGGCCAAGCCGGUUGCUGGGGUGAUGGCCUUCAGGGUCCCUCCCCACAGAGGCCCCAGGAGGCUGGGGAGGCAAGAUGGUGGGCUCUGGGAUCCCAGCUUUGGGUCUCCUCCUGCUCAUGCAGGGCUCAGCAGGUGAGGGCGCUGGCGAGAGGGUCGGAGGGCGCAGCCAGGGGCCUCCUCAGCCUCCAGUCUCGCACAGGGCUCUUUCUUUCACAGACGGGAAUGGAAUCCAGGGAUUCUUCUAUCCAUGGAGUUGUGAAGGAGACGUGUGGGACCGGGAGAGUUGCGGGGGCCAGGCGGCAAUCGAGAACCCCAAUCUCUGCCUGCGUCUCCGAUGCUGCUACCGCGACGGUGUCUGCUACCACCAGCGUCCGGAUGAGAACAUGCGGCGGAAGCACAUGUGGGCGCUGGGCUGGACGUGCGGCGGCCUCCUCUUCCUCAUCACCAGCAUCUGCCUGUUCUGGUGGGCCAGGCGACACGACAUGCUGCGGCUGCCCUGGUUCCUGAAGGGCAAGUGCAACCUGUCCAGGACGGUCUCUUUGUUGUCCAAGGGGACUCCGAGCGAAAAGAAGACGCCCUCUGUCGGCAGCAUCCCCCCCGCCCCGCCCACGGAGGGGACCCAGGAUGCCUCUGGGGGCACUGAGGGGGAGGGGACGGAAGGGGGCGAAGAAACGGAAGGGGGGGACGAAGAUGAUUAGGGGCGCCCCCUGGAGGGGCCCCUCAAUACAGACGUAGCACAGAGAUGCUCAGUCUCUUUUCUGAGAAGCAUGAAGCAGAGGGCACGGUGCUGGGAAUGUGUGUGUGUGUUUUGGGGGGGUCUUGGGCUGACGGGGGGGGGGGCGCCUGGGCUGUGAUCACGGGGGAUGCGAGGGGACAGGCGUUUGGAAUGGGAGAGGCCCUGGGGUAAGUGCGGAAGAUCUGAGCUGAGAGGUACUUGGGCUAAUGGGCACCCUGAGUUGAGUGUAGGUCCCAGGCUGUGAUUAGUGGGGGUCUAGACUGAGGGGGUGGGGAUGAAUGGGGGUGGCCUCAGCUGAGACUCCAGCUGGGCUGGGGGGGCGGAUUCACGGGCAGCCGAGCCCCUCAUCUGUCCUUCUGCCACUGUCUGACAGUCUCUGCUGCCCACCCGCCAGCCCAUGGGAUCCUGCGGCCCUUGGGUCAGCAGCAGCUUGUCCCGCUUCCCACCAACGCUGGACGACUGCAGCCCUCGGCCUUGGGACGGAAACCUUCCUGGAAGCUCCUUACGGUUGAAGACUCAUCCUGCCUGGCCCCCUUCCUCCCCUCUUCCUUUCUCAGGAGACAGAGCCCACACCAGCCUACCCUCCACAUGUGUUUUGUGUUUUCCCCAAUAAAUAUCUUACAGUCUUU